AUGGCGAAGCUCAAGGAAUAUCUCGCACGAAAGGAGCUAUUUCGACUUAACCGACCAGGAAGGGCCGAUAACGAGGUACCACGGGAGCUAUUGCAGUACUGCCAUAUCGAGAACGACAUGUUCUGUCUACCACCAUUCCGGGAGCUCAUGGCUUUCAACAUCGUAGUAACCUCUUGUCAAGACGCGGCGAUACUGGCAGACGCAAGAUUGACCAACAACGAUCUCUGGACUAUACAAAGGAAUAUGUCAUCAGCUUUCAACCCAGACGACCAAAUCCCCAAUCCGAAGCUACAUUGGAGCGCCUUACUUAUAGACGAGGCAGCUCAAGCUACUGAACUAGACGUUUUGCCUGCCAUUAGCGUUGUAUGCCCACCAUUCACGUAUCCGACCACGUCGACCCAACCACGCGUAGUGAUGGCAGGAGAUGAAAAGCAGCUGGGGCCACGAAUUGCAUCCCGUAACCUUCUCGUACGCAGGUCCUUGUUCGCCCGGCUUUUUCAACGACCGCUAUACGAGAACCACCCUCUCUCGCGCUCAAAGAUCAAGCCAUCAUCCGGCUCACCAGUACUGAAGCGAUCAAUGUUACCGAUCACAUACCCACCAUUCACAUUACUAGUCCGAAACUACCGUUCCCACCCUGCCAUCCUCAGCGUACCAAGCGCUCUCUUCUACAACAAUACCCUGAUCCCAGAGGCUCCUCUAUCAACCACCCCACUCCAACAAUCCGAUCUCUGGCGCGGCCGCAAGUGGCCCGUCCUCUUCAUCCCGCACACCGGCCUCGACGAAAUCGAACGUGACAACGGCGGCUGGUACAACAUCUCCGAAGCGCGCAUCGCCUGCAACAUCGUCCAAACCCUCCACCGCUAUUCCUCCGUCAAGCAAUCAGACAUAUGCAUCAUGUCGCCCUUCGCCGCGCAAGUCAAACUCCUGCGUUCAAUGAUCCGUUCAUCCGAGUAUGGCAGAGGCGCAGGACUGUGGGACGUCAACAUCGGUCCCUUGGAAGCUUUCCAAGGUCUCGAGAAACGGGUCGUUGUGCUAUGUACAACACGAGCACGGAAGAGGUUUUUGGCUAAAGACGAAAAGGCCGGCUUGGGUAUCGUGGGUGGAGGUAGGAAGAUGAAUGUCGCGCUCACGCGAGCAAAAGAAGCGCUGUUCGUUAUUGGUAACGUUGAGGUCUUGGAGCAAAAUCAGCAUUGGCGGCAGUGGUUGGCGUUUUGUUGGCGGAACGGGUUGGUUAGUGAUGAGAAGGGGGGUUGGGAUGGGGGUUCAUUGGGAGGCGAUGGAGACGAGGUUAAGAUUGGGGUUCUGGAGAAGGCGUUGAUUGCUAAGGAAGAGCAGGGGAAGCAGAGGGGGAAGGUGUUAGGUGCUGGGGCGGGGACGCAGGAUGUCGGCGAGUAUGAUGCUUGGGUUGAGAGUUUGAGGGAGACGCUUGGGGAGGGGGAUGAGGAGGAGGGAGAGGGACUGGGGGAGGAGGGUUAUGAGGAAGGCGAGGAGGGAGACGUUGUACAUGCUCAUGAUACUAUCGCUGGCGCUGAGGAAGGAGAGCUUGUGACGAGGACUGGCACUCUGGUGUCCAGCCUUGACAACGAUGCCUAG